AGCACCUCUAACACAUAUUGUAAAGUGCAGGUGCUCUCACACUACCUGCCGCUAUGGAGGCCGUUGGAUUCGUGAAUACAUCGUUUGCCCCCUACGACUACCCGGACAUCGAGGUCGUCUUGAACAGCGUUUCCGCUGCGAACAUUGAGGCUGAGCGCUUCUUGUUGGACUUGGGACUACGCCAGGAAAUAUAUGACGAAUUCUACAAGCCGUACCGUGGCCGUAACGCUUUUCAGCUGGCUCCUCUCCUCAACCGUCUCAAGAGCCGAGGUGUUAUAAAGCUGCGCAGCAGAGACUACCGUGAUCCUCCUAUCCUUGACCCUCGGUACUACUCGCACCCAGCUGACAUCGAAAUCGCUGCUGAAGCAAUGCUCCAGUGCAUUCGAAUCCUGCGCACUAAACCCUUCGCCGAUCUGGGCACAAAGCUUUGGGGCAUCCCAUUUCCGCCGUGCAAGAGUUACACCAUGUGGAGCAGGGAUUACCUGAAAUGCAUGGCGAGGCAUCUGUCGCAUACCGGGUGGCACCAGUGCUGCACCAAUCCGAUGGGAUCGGGUCCCAACGCCGUCGUCGAUCCCCGUCUGAGGGUUCGUGGAGGCGUGAGAGGACUGCGAGUGGUGGACGCGUCUGUCAUGCCCGACAUAGUGUCAGCAAAUCUUAAUGCAGCAGUGUACAUGAUCGCGGAAAAAGCUGCAGACAUCAUUCGCGAGGACAACUCAAAAGUCCAGCUCUUAAACACGUUCAGUACACCACCGUGAGCCUGGUGAAAACACACGGCGUCGAAGGUGGCGCUCAGAGCUGUUUGUCCAAUGUUCCCCCUCCCUCUCCCACUGUGCUACCUCAAGACAGUAACCUGAAUCUUUCAGGACUCCCACUUUUCGAAUGAUCGAACGAUUCCAAGGUUUCUCGAACGAAAAGCAUAGGGCAACCGAGUGGCUUGAUAUUUAGCAUAACUCUUUCGAAUACAAAAAAUAACGAAGCCAACCGGUAAUCCUACGCGAUACUUAGUGCUUGAAUCUAUGAUCUUAUUUUUGAAAUUAUGAGGCGUAAAUAUACGAUAAGCAUGAUCAACUCCCAGGUUUCUUAGUCGACUCACCCUGACAGCCCAGUUAUUUCUUUUACUUUCAUUUCUUUUACUUUCACUUGUUCUAUUUAAUGAUAUCAAGUAUUUCCUUAGUUUAGACCACAUCUUUAAUUAAAAAUACUGUUCAACAGUACCAAACAGGUAAUUUAUUUUUGCUUUUCUUGGCGUCAUAUUUAUCUUGUCUUGUUAUUUCUCCUGUGAUAACAGAUGUGCGACAACUCUUGGUAAAAACUGAUUGACCGCCACAAG